CAAUUUAAAAAUCAAAAUGUCUAAUAAAGAUUACAAUUCAAACCAAGUAAUCAUCAGCAUAGACAACCUUGGUGCCAAAAUCAAGCCCAAAAAUACCGAAAGCUUCGAAAAAUCCACUCUAUUCAACUUCCAAUCACCCAAAUCACACAAAGAACCCUCAAAUCUCUCGUUCCAACCCAAAGUAGUCCAAUUCUCCAUGUCAAAAUUCUCCAAUGGUCCUUCAGAACCCUUCAACCCCUUCAAACACAAAUAAACAGUCCACGUUCCUGACCUCCUACAAACAGAAGCUAACUAAAUAAAAUUCUGAAGAACUCUGAAAUAUUACUCCACAAGAAGACCAAAAACUUACUGUUCACUAAGAAGUCAACUAAGUUCAAGAAUAUGGGGAAUAAGAGGAAGAAGAAGGAUUCUGUACCGAAAGAGACGAUGUUUUAUAAGCAGCUGGACAGUAAUUGGAAAUAAAAUAUUUGAAUUUGUACUUGACUUUGAUUCUGCAAAGGCGAAGGAGUUUAGAAGAAGAUUGGAGCUGUAUGAGAACGCUAAGACUAAGAAAGGAUCAACUAGAGUAGAAACUGAGAGCUGGCCUGUUGAUCUAGAUGAUAAUGAAACUCUGUUUAAAAUUAUUUAUAAGAAGAGGAAGAAAAUGAAACUAACUCUGAAAGAGAAAAGUUAUCUUAAUCAUUUUAAACAAAUCCCUACAAAUCUCCUGAGCAUUCGGGAAGGAUACGAUAUUUGUAAAAAGAAGCAAACUCAGAUAAAAUAACUGGAUAAUCGAUCUCAAGAGCAAGCACGAAGUUGACAAAACAAGAGAUUCUCUCUUAAAGAAACUAAAAUUAACAAAAGUCAAAUCAAGAUGACUAUCUCCCGUGGAGAAAAGAAUUAAACUAGACUUUAGUAGUGAAGCUCAUAAAGCAAUCAAUGGUGACCACAAACCUAAAAGGUGCGCUUCUAGGAAUUCUCUUAUGGAAAGGCAUCAUCAAGUACAAUCAUUUGAUAUCUCAGGAUAUAAAUCAGCAGGAAAAUUAAAGACUCAAGAUUCAUGAAAAUAAGAUGUUUGCAUCUCGUCUCAGCUGAUUAAAAAUGAGAAAAUAAUGAACUAAUAAUGAAUUGUCCAAGAUCGUUUUCAAAUAUUAGAGAUAAAACAAAAGCAAUUGAUAAAAUAUGCUCAAAACUAACACUGAAGAAUAUAGAUUCAUUUCAGAACUGUAGGGAGGUACUAAAAGAUGACUCAAAAGCUAUGAGGAUAAUUCAAGACAUUAAAAGGAUAUCUCAAAGUUAUAUAAGGAACUCCCAGAUGUCCAAAGGGUAUGAUUUCACCAGUUGUAGCCCAGUUGGAAGUUUCAUGACUCCCUAAUUUCACUAAAUUUCAGAUCAAAAGCAUUAAAUUAUA